UUGCGCAACCCUCGUUAGGGUAUCAGUUAGCGAUUGGUGGGCUGCGCGCGUGUGUUGUGCCUUUGCUUAAGUGUAUCUCCAGCGGCUCGAGAAAGCAGGUUUCAGUGGAUUUUCAUACGAGACGGGGGAAAUUUGACAGCAACAUGUUUAAGCUCGUAAUAUUUGUUGGAGUGCUGCUCUUGGUGGCUUCAGUGGACGCUCAACAAAGGCAGAAUGGGACCAUGGAGGCUACCACAAUUAUAACAACUGACGGUGCAUCUUCAAAUGCUGGUAGUGAAAAUAGUGAAGCAGCACAGCCAACCACCGAAACGAACUCUCGAUUGGGGGAUACCCUUCGAUUGGAAAUUGAACGGAGGCGUAACGAGCGCCAGCAGAGGAUUGAGCAGAACAGAAACAACCUUCGGGUGGUUCUGGAGGACAUGAGCGAUCGUAGACGGGAGUACGAAUUGCGACGCCGAGAACGCCAACGCAGCUGGGAAGAAAUGCGCACCGAACGGCAGAAGGAAAUGGAGGCCCGUCGCGUUGGUCGUUUGCCUGAAAGGGAGCAGUUGCGGCUAAAUCGCCUGCGGCUCGAGCAAGUGACUCAAAAUGAUGCCGAUAAUGAAGUUACCGGCGGGGAAGGCGAAGUUGAAGUUAUCGAGGACCCGCUUGAUAUGAUUGACGUGUUUCGUAACAUAGUGCUGAUCGAGGAAGCCAGCGGAAACGUGCGGCUGGUCGAUCUUGGCACUGAAGAAGGUCGUGAUUUGGCAUCGCGAGUGGUGGAUCGUAUGGAGGAUGUACCUGAGACACAGCAGGUGCUGAGAAAGCUGAUUUUAAAAAUGGGGCAGUUGUGAAAAAUAUGGCGUGAUAUAAAGUGAAUUAGUGAAUUUAGUAUUUAUUGUUAUGGACGAGUAAAUGUGCUGUUGUGAUGAAAAUGACUACGACUCAUUGUUUUUGGUGCCGGCAACUGAGAUGAUGAUAGAGAUGACCAUGGAAGAUUGCUCGGCUUGCGAAUUUGUCAGGGUGUAAGAGAUAAUAUUUUUCCUUCCACAAUUUGGGCCGAAAUGUCUAUCUUAAAUAAAGUUCAAUUUUCUACAAAAGCAAGUUUACAAAAUUAACGUUUUAUAACCUUAUGUUGACAAAAAUUUUAACCAGGGAAACAUGUUGUCGUCCAUUCCUCCUUUCAUUGAUGAGUAGUUCCCAUUAAUAUCCAUUUGUUGGACGGUAACAGGUUUUUCAUUGGUGGAUUAUGGUUUGGAGUGGUCGUUUAGAUAAUUGAUACUAUCAUUGAUGAAUCAUUAGAAUCAACGCGAAUAUAGGGAAAGAAAAAAGGUCUAUGAUGCAAAAAUGAUCAGACAAGAGUUAAUUCUUAUACUCUAAAACUAACUAAAAAAACAAUUUCUUUCUUUUCACUGCACCACUGUGCGUUUAUUCACUUCUAUCUUAAUACUAAUACUGAACUUACAAUUCAUUUGCCCUGAUAUUUAUAACAGAUUUUAGUAAGACGCGAUAUUCGUGUCUAAUCCUGAUCGUGGGAUUGUUUAUUCUUUCGCGAUGACCGUGAGAUUGUUUAUUAUUUCAUACGCGAUAUUCGCGUCUAAUCCUGAUCGUGAGAUUGUUUAUUCUUUCGCGAUGACCGUGAGAUUGUUUAUCAUUUCACUAAUUGAUUCUUGGCAUUAUUUAUCCAUCGGCUAGCUAAGCGGUUUUCUGUUUAUAUUAAGAAAUGGAGUGAUGAUGUUGAGUGGCUCGUUGUUUAUGUUGCUGGGUUAUCCUGGCUUAGAUGUUGUUGUUAACUCAAGUCAAUGAAUGAUCACAUUAUUGCAAGUUAUUCAGGGAUUCUUCUUUGAUGUUUUUGACACUUUGAAUAGGUGUUUCGAAUUACAGUGGCUUGACGAUAUAUCAAAAAUAAAUAAAGGGAUUAAAUAUUAUUCGUAGUUCACAAUUCAUCCAGUCAUUAAGUUUAAAAGAGCAAUAACAUUUAUAUUUUCAAUUGACAUAUUUACAUCACUCAAUAUCUCAGUAUUAUACUAUAAGUAUGUUAUUAAGCGAGAAAAUUACGCUAUACUAGUAAUGAAAAUACAGUAGAACCCCGAUUAUCCGCGGAAUAGUCGGGCACAGUCACCGCGAAUAACGAAAAUCGCGGAUAACACAAAAGUGAACUAAAAAUGAAGAGCAAACACGAAAAAAACUAUGUUUCAUCAAUACAGAAAUCAUUAAAUUAUCUAUGUAUGAGGUCGUCUGCACCAGUGGUCAGAAAAUGUGAAAGCCAUGAUCAAAACAAAAGAGCAUGAUCCUACAACUCACUGGCAAAUUCCAGGAAGGUUUAUAUAUUUACUAUGGAACUCGCUGUCGCGAAUAAUCCGCACCGCGGAUCAUCCGCUCGCGGAUAAUCGGGGUUCUACUGUAGUUCUUAACAGAGGACUGCUCGGAAUAUUUUAACUAUCCUGGCGAUUGAACUAUGUAUUUAUUCGUAGACAAAACAGAGUAAAAUAAAAGACAGC